AUCUUCAGAGGUUAGAGUUAAACAGUUUCAUUCCAGUGACUCAGAGUGGGAAAAAUGGCCAUCGCUUCUCUUCUAUCCCUCUCAGUUGGCCGUCACACCUUCUGUCCCAAUUCCCACUCACCGUCUUCUACAUCUUCUCUCAAACACGCUUGCAUAUUCACUCUCGUCAACACUAAAAAGAAACCCAGAUGCUCUAAUGGAUCCAAGAAGCCUAUCUCCGCCCAAUCCAAUGGAAACAACUCCGCUGACGGCCAGGAUCGCAUAAUCUCGGCAGUAUGCUACUUCUACCCGUUCUUUGAUGGAAUCCAAUACGGAAAGUAUGUUAUUACCCAGUUUUCUCCCAUUCAGGUUCUUAUACAACCUUUGGUUCCUGCAAUUCGGGUCUUCAAGAGCUUCCCCUUUAAUGGGUUUUUGGUGUUCUUGACACUUUACUUUGUUGUGGUUAGAAACCCCAACUUCAGUAGAUAUGUUAGGUUUAAUACUAUGCAAGCUAUAGUGCUUGAUGUGCUGUUAAUCUUCCCUGAUCUUUUAGAGAGGAGCUUUAAUCCAAGGGAAGGUUUUGGGUUGGAUUUGCUGAUGAGCUUAGAUAGUACUGUGUUCUUGUAUCUUCUGGUGUGUUUGAUUUAUGGGUCAACUUCUUGCUUAUUGGGUCAGCUGCCCAGGCUACCCAUUGUGGCAGAAGCCGCUGAGAGGCAAGUUCCUUGAAUUCCCAUUUUAUUUGUUUCUCAUUUCAGCUUGAAUCAAGUUUUAUAGAUUUCUAUUUUACAAGGCAGCAAAAUCCAAUAGGGGGAAAGGUAUAUAUUCUUGUUGUCUGCUGAUAUAGUGGAAAUCUCAGGAAUUGGGUUACCUUUUCUUUUCUCCCCCUGUUCUGUUAACAAAAAAAUAGACAUUGUAACUCUUUAAGAGCAUGUAAGUUCAGCAAAUGAGGUUCUUUUCUGUACUAAGUAUUUCAGUUCGGCUGAUUCAAGAAAUUCUCAUUAUAGAUUCUUUGAACUAGUUAUCUAUAUCCAUGUUUGUUUCAGCA